CGCUGGGGUAUUUACGGUAACGUGGACCCGGCGGUGGCAGCUCGGUCGGUGUCAGGUGAUCGGCGCCGAGGAGCCGCCGCCGCCCGGGAGGAAGAUGCAAGAUGGCCCAGCGGGGCCGUGAGGGGCUCCGCGGCGCCCCUUCCCCGCCCGCCGCCUGCCCGGCCGGCGGGAAGCGCUGAGGCCAGCCCCGCCGCGAUACAGCCUGUCCCCGGCGGCGGCACCGAGCCAUGGGGCUCUGCUACAGCCUGCGCCCGCGGCUCUUCGGCGACGCCGGCGGUGGCGGCUCCAUCUCCAGCGCCGGCGCCGCCUCGGAGCCCGAAGUGCCGGCGGAGCCUCACGCCGCCCCGCAGCCGCAGCCUCUCGGCGUCCCGCUCCGGCCCGGCGGUAAGCCUGGCGGGGAGACGGACGGGCCGCCGCUGCUGCUGCAGAACGGCGGCGGCGGCGGCGGCAACGGGGCGGCCCCCGAGCGGCAGCCGGCGCUGCCCAAGGCCGGCGGCCCCGGCCUGGGCGGCGGGGGAAAGGCGGCACGGCAGCAGGCGCUGCACCAGCCGCCGGCGCUGCAGAGGACCUGGGAGAAGCUGCGCCUGGAGGAGCGGGAGGCGGAGAAGGAGGCGAGGAAAGUCAGCAAGAGCAUCGACCGGGCACUCAAGGAACAGAAGCGGGAGUACAAGCAGACGCACCGCCUGCUGCUGCUCGGAAGGGAGGAUCUGGAAGAAAGGCAGCUUCGUACCUGGCCUGUGCACAUCAUAUUUAUGCCUUUUCCAAGAACGGAUGAACAUGUUCAGUACACUGACUAGCAGUAUUUCGUAUUAUCCCUGUAGCACUGUGUAGCUGUGUGUGAAACUCCAGUGUCUUGUGGUUUGUCUGCACAUGCAUAUUGAAGAAAAGUAUGAGAACUUAAAGCCUUGCUGAAUAAGCUGUACG